AUGGAACUAAUUGGCUACGAGGCUGUACUUUCGGAGGAGCGAACAGUUUUGAAAUAUCGUGAUCUGAUCACGACAUUCGAAGGAGUGCUUACCAAAGAGGAGCGAACAGUUUUGAAAUAUCGUGAUCUGAUCACGACAUUUGAAGGAGUGCUUACCAAAGUGUGCAAAGAAGAGAAGGUGUCAUUUCCCACGACGCUGGGCGUCAAUGCUUUCAGAGGAUUUUUGAACGAGUUCAUGCAAGCUCAGAAGAAAAAAGGUUCAAAACAGAAGUCGGGCCUCAUCAAGGUAAGUGAUAUGGGAUUUUGGCGCUAUGAAUGACU